GGCCGCCUGGGCCAAAGGGCUGAAUUGUCAGUGCGCCUGCGCGGGAGGCCAAUAGGUUGGCAAUGCUGAGCAGACUCGCCGCCCGGGUCGGGCUGUCAGUGCGCCUGCGCGCGGGCUGGGCGCCGCGGUUCUUAAGUGUGCAGUGCCGGACUCCAGGUGCAGUCAUGCAGGGAGCCGAAUCCGAGCAUCGCGCUAAGCGGCCCAGACAGGAUGGCAGCCCAAGAACCCCACCAAACACUCCUUCCGCAGGGGCAGACAGGUCCCCUGGCCCGGAACUCCACCGCGACCACAAGACCUGGGGCCCGGAGCAGGUGUGCUCUUUUCUAAAACGCAAUGGAUUCGAAGAGCCGGGACUGCUGAAAAACUUUCGAGAAAAUAAAAUCACGGGUUCAUUACUGCCCUAUCUUGAUGAGUCUCAUCUUGAAAAUCUUGGAGUAAGUUCCUGUGGGGAGAGGAAGAAGCUGCUUAGUCAUAUCCAGCGACUGAGUCAAACUCUUAUUGAUACAAUGAAGGUAAUUAAUGAUCCUAUCCAUGGCCACAUUGAACUCCACCCUCUCCUUAUCCGAAUCAUUGAUACACCUCAAUUUCAGAGGCUUCGAUACAUUAAACAGCUGGGAGGCGGUUACUAUGUUUUUCCAGGAGCUUCACACAAUCGAUUUGAGCAUAGUCUUGGGGUCGGCUACCUAGCAGGAUGCCUAGUUCGUGCACUAUGUGAGAAACAACCAGAGCUGCAGAUAACUGAACGAGAUAUCCUCUGUGUCCAGAUUGCUGGGCUUUGUCAUGAUCUUGGUCAUGGGCCAUUUUCUCAUAUGUUUGAUGGAAGAUUUAUUCCCCUUGCUUGCCCAGAGAUAAAAUGGACGCAUGAACAGGGCUCAGUUGAGAUGUUUGAACACUUAAUUAAUUCUAAUAACCUGAAAGAUGUCAUGAAACACUACGGUCUCGUCCCUGAAGAAGAUAUUUGCUUUAUCAAGGAACAAAUUGCAGGACCACUUGAAUCACCUAUCAAAAACAAUUCUUUGUGGCCAUAUAAAGGGCGCCCUAAAGAGAAAAGCUUCCUUUAUGAGGUAGUGGCUAAUAAAAGAAAUGGCAUUGAUGUGGACAAAUGGGAUUAUUUUGCCAGGGACUGCCAUCAUCUUGGAAUCCAAAAUAAUUUUGAUUACAAGCGCUUCAUUAAGUUUGCCCGUGUCUGUGAAGUAGAUAAAAAGAUGCAUAUUUGUACUAGAGAUAAGGAGGUUGGAAAUCUGUAUGACAUGUUCCACACUCGCAACUGUUUACACCGUAGAGCUUAUCAACACAAAGUUGGCAACAUCAUUGAUAAAAUGAUUACAGAUGCUUUCCUCGAAGCAGACCGCCACAUAGAGAUCACAGGUGCUGAAGGAAAAAAGUAUCACAUUUCUACAGCAAUUAAUGACAUGGAAGCCUUCACUAAGCUGACAGAUAACAUUUUUCUGGAGAUUUUACACUCUGCUGAUCCCAAGUUGGAUGCAGCGAGAGAGAUUUUAAAAAAUAUUGAAUGCCGUCAUCUAUACAAGUAUGUGGGUGAGACUCAGCCAAGUGGACACGAGAAGAUUAAAAGGGAAGACUAUGAACGCCUUCAAGAAGAAGUUGCUGAUGCUAAACCUGAAGUAUCACUGGAAGCUCAACUGAAGGCUAAAGAUUUUAUAGUAGAUGUUAUCGACAUGGAUUAUGGAAUGAAAGACAAAAAUCCUAUUGAUCAUGUUCGCUUCUAUUGUAAGAGUGAUCCCAAUAAAGCGAUCAGGAUUACUAAAAAUCAGGUUUCACAGCUUCUGCCAGAGAGAUUUGCAGAGCAGCUGAUUCGAGUAUACUGUAAAAAGACAGAUGAGAAGAGUUUGUAUGCUGCACGACAACAUUUUGUUCAGUGGUGCAUAAAUAAAAACUACACCAAGCCACAGGAUGGCGAUAUUGUAGCUCCACUUAUAACACCUCAAAAGCAGGAAUGGAAUUGCAUGAUUGCAGCCCCAAGUCCAGCUCGUACCCGAGAAGCAUCCAGAACCAGGGUCCAGCUUUUUAAGGAUGGCUCAAUGUGAAUGUCUGCAGUCUGCUGGCUGCAAAAAGCCCUCCCCAACACAAUUAGCUUAGGGACGUCAAUCAUAGAGUUCCACAAAUUUAGUGACAACCUGUGCUUUUUAUUCUGUAUUUUGAAUGUACACACAUGCUACAGCUAAUUAAUUUUUAUUCAAAGAAACAAAAAGAUAUCAGGCAAAUCUUGCUUUACAUGCUAUGAAAAACAUUGCCUUGCCUAUUUUUAAUACUAAUUAAAGCUUAGUAGUCUAUUUUCUUAGGAAAAAAAACUCUUUUAUCUACUCUGAACACUUUUUUGUCUUUUUUUUAAGAGAUAGGGUCUUGCUCUUUUGCCCAGACCGGAUUGGAGACUGGAACUUCUGGGCUCAAGCAACCCUUCUGCCUCAGCCUCCUGAGUAGCUGAGACUUCAGGCGUGUGCCUCUGCAUCUGGCUUACUCUGAGCUUAUAUGACAGAUGAUUGUUUUUGGCUUUGGGUUUUGGUGUUUUUUAUUUGUUUGUCUGUUUGUUUUAAUUUAGAAUGAGAGAAAUUGGUGGCUCGGUGCCUAUAGCACAAGCAGCUAAGGCACCAGCCACAUACACCAGAGCUGGCAGGUUCAAAUCCAGCCUGGGCCUGUCAAACAACAAUGACAACUACAACCAAAAAAACGGGUGUUAUGGCAGGCACCUGUAUUCCCAGCUACUUGGGAGGCUUAGGCAAGGGAAUCACUUAAGUCCAAGAGUUUGAGGUUGCUGUGAGCUGUGGCACCAUGGCACUCUACCAAGGGUGACAGCUUGAGGCUCUAUCUCAAAAAAGAAAGAAAUGAGACAAAUUGGAAUUAGAAGUUAGGAUUGUCAUGGACACACAUGGUUAAAAAACAAAACAUAAAAUCCUACUGCCUAAGGAGGUGCCCAUCAUUCCAUGUUUAAAGAUAGUCAAACUUGGCUCAUCGCCUAUAGCUCAAGAGGCUAAGGUGCCAGCCACAUACACCAGAGCCGCUGGGUUUGAAUCCAGCCCAAGUCUGCCAAACAACAACUACAAACAAAAAAUAGCCAGGCAUUGUGGUGGGCGCCUAUAGUCCCAGCUACUUGGGAGACUGAGGCAAGAAAAUCACUUAAGCCCAGGAGUUGAAGGUUACUGUGAGCUGUGAUGCCAUGGCACCCUACCCAGGGCUACAGCUUGAGGCUCUGUCUCAAAAAAAAAGAUACUCAAACUAUCUCAAGUGACCUAAACAUAAAUAAGUGAAAGACACCUCUCCUCACCCCUGUAGCCCCAGUAAGCUGCCAGGUGGGGUAAACAGUAGGACAUGAGGCCCUGGAGUGAGGGCUUCAACACAGCAGUGAGAGGUCUGAUUAAGUUUGGGGGUGUGGCCUCUUUUUUUUUUUUUUUUUUUAGAGGUAGGCUCUUCCUUUGUCACUCAGACUGGAGUGCAACAUGGUGAUCAUAGCUCACUGCAACCUCAAAUUCCUGGGCUCAAGGAAUCUUCCUACUUCAGUUUCUCAAGUGGGGCUAUGAGCGCACACCAUCACAGUUGCCUAAUUUUUUUCCUUUUGAGAUAGUCUUAUUCAUUUGCCCUGGGUAGAGUGCCAUGGUGUCAUCAUAGCUCACAGUGACCUCAAAUACCUGGGCUCAAGUGAUCGUCUUUCCUCAGCCUCCCAAGUAGCUAGGACUAUAGGCGCCUGCCAUGAUGCCUGGCUAAUUUCUAUUUUUAGUAGAGAUGGAGUCUUACUCUUGCUAAAGCUGGUCUUGAGCUCCUGAGCUCAAGCAAUCCACCUGCCCUAGUCUCCCAAAGUGCUAGGAUUACAGGCAUGAGCCACUGUACCUAGUUUAACAUUUAUUUUUUUUGUAAAGAUGAGGUCUCCCUGUUACUGAGGCUUGUCUCCAACUCCUAGCUUCAAGCAAUCCUUUUGCCUUGGCCUCCCAAAGUGCUAGGGUUGCAGGCAUGAGUGACUGCCCAGCCUCUAGCCUCCUCUUGAGCGGAACGUCAAACCACCUUUUGGGAGAUCCCUACCUCCAGUGGCACAGAGUCCUGUAAACCAGGCUGUUCUUUGAGUCAGUUGCAGCUCUAGACCGGGACAGUUUCUUUCUUUCCUUAAUUCUCACUACCCUAGUCCCAAGGGCUUUCCUACUGCCUGGCUUGGAGAAGGCCUCUCCUCUGAUCUGCUCUCCAUGUGUCCCUGGUGAGCUGGUCAGAAUUCAUCACAGGAACUGUUCUCAGAGCUCCUCACACCUGGGACUUUGUUUUUAUUGGUUUGGUGCAAUUUUACAUGUUUUAGAACAACGACCACUCUGCCUAUGCUGAGAUUAGUGACCACCAAGUGGAUUCCAGGUUUCCCCAUGUAACUUUAUUUUCCCAGGAGUGGAGCAUGCCCAGGGCACCAGCACCCCCAUUCCUAAUUCCGCAACAAUUUACCAAGAACAAAGUCUGCCGUUAGAGCCAAGUCUGGUGGUGGCCAGAGGUUGCUGAAGAUGCAGGCUAGUGGGGAUGGAAGCCAUGAGCCCUGACACCUUAUGCUCUGAUACUCCCUUGAUAGAAGCCUCCCUCACCCUAGGAGGUGAGGAACAAGAAGGGUAAUCGAGCCAGCAGAUUACCCAGCAACUUUAGGAAUAUUGUCACUUUCCACUGUAUCACCAGGUUCUGUUCCAUCCACAGAGUAUUUGAAAUGUCUGCCGUCUUGUAUCAUCACCCCUCAUCCAUCCCUCAGUAGAUAACAAGGGUUGACUAUAAUUCAUAGGAGAAUUGUUAAAACCCUUCUUUCAUGCCCAUCACAUUGCUGUGUGUGUGGGGAUUUGUUCACAUGUGGGCUCAUAGAUGCACAAGUGAGGUUGACCAUGGUACCUACCAAGGUGCCUCUAAAACAUUCAGGGGAGAAAACUAGGUCUCAGACAUUGUGUGCCCAGACCUAAGGUCAAGAAUGUAAUUUUUUUCUGCUAAGAUUGUUAUCUUACCUUUAAAUCAUUGUUUACUCUGGAAUUUUACAGAUCUAACGUUGUAUCAUUGUGCUGAGAAACAGUGGACUGUUUUGUUUAUUUCUUCAUCACACAUAAGGCAGCUACACUUUGUUCUUUCAACUGUUGUAAUUAUGACAACCAUGUGGCAUUUACAAGACUAUAUUUUUCUUAAGAAACAUCUUCAGUGUAUAAAAAUGGAAAUUUUGACAGCUUAGCCUCUGGAGAGUUACUGAACAUUGUCACCUUGAGGAUGUUAAUAGAACUGCAAGUUAAAAUGACCGGUUACUUGUGUUGGAUGAGGGAAACAGCUGCAAUAAAGCCUGGCGAAUGUCUCCAUCUUGAAA